UUUAUUGUAUGAAAUCAGUUUGGGAUUCGUCCGUCGGCGUCGUUCAAUCAUGGCGUCCGGGAAGACGGUGGAUUGCAUCGCUGCCCGCGAAUAACCACCUACAAACCGACUCAUCGCGACUUUAACCGCUGCAUCGCGCUUUGUUUUCGCGAGAUAUCAUUUAACAACACAGUUGCGGAGCUAUCCGGUCACAAGGAGUUUUAAUCCAGCAGUAAAGGUGGGUUUGAGCAGUAUGGUGGAGCCAGAGGAGCGGCCCUCGGUGGCAGGACAGAGGCUGGGGGCCCCCGAGAGCAUGGGCAUCAGCACGCUGGAGCCCGGCCAGCGGCCUCCCACCAUGCCCCCCGGCCGACAGGUCUCCAUCCGGGUCCAUAUGUUGGAUGGCACUCAGGAAGUCUUUGAAGUCUCGCAACGUGCUUCGGGAAAGGUGCUGUUUGACCUGAUUUGUGCCCACCUGAACCUCAUCGAGGGUGAUUACUUUGGUCUGGAGUAUCAGGACCAGCGUACAAUGACCGUGUGGUUGGAUCUGCUGAAGCCGACUCUAAAACAAAUCAGACGACCCAAGAACACCAUCCUGCGGUUCGUGGUGAAGUUCUUCCCUCCUGAUCACACGCAGCUGUUAGAAGAGCUGACCAGGUAUCUUUUUGCCUUGCAGAUCAAGCAUGACCUGGCCUGUGGACGUUUGACCUGUAAUGAAAGCAGUGCCGCCCUGCUGGUCUCUCACAUAGUGCAAUCUGAGAUUGGAGACUUUGAUGAAGAGCAGUGCAAACAACAUCUACUCAACAACAAGUACAUUCCUGAGCAGGACACACUGAUGGAAAAGAUCAUUGAAUACCAUCGGAAACACGUUGGGCAAACACCAGCUGAAUCGGACUACCAGCUUUUGGAGAUUGCACGAAGACUUGAGAUGUACGGAGUGCGCCUUCACCCCGCAAAAGAUCGCGAGGGUACGAAGCUCAGCCUCGCCGUGGCCCAUUCUGGUGUGCUGGUCUUUCAGGGACACACCAAAAUAAAUGCUUUCAACUGGUCUAAAGUUCGCAAGCUGAGCUUCAAAAGGAAGCGCUUUCUCAUAAAACUACGACCUGACUUAAAUCAGAGUAACUGUCAGGAUACUCUGGAGUUCAUGAUGGGAAGCAGGGACUGCUGCAAGGUGUUUUGGAAGAUUUGUGUGGAGUACCAUGCCUUUUUUCGCCUGUUUGAAGAACCCAAACCCAAGCCCAAACCAGUUCUGUUUACCAGGGGUUCCUCCUUCAGGUUCAGUGGCCGCACACAAAGGCAGGUGAUUGAUUAUGUAAAGGACUCUGAAUUCAAAAAAGUUCCAUUUGAAAGAAAACACAGUAAAAUCCAGUCCAACAGCAGUCUUUCUCCAUUCCCACCCAGGCUGUGUGCCGAGGGUCAAGGAGAGAGGAUUGCCAGUGCUUCAGGACAUCAGAUGGACUCACCUAUUGGGCACGCCCAAGUGACUGUUGAAAACCCAGCUCUCCAGCGUUACACUGGGAGUCUAACCUCACAUACCAAUGGAUUCCGAAAUGGGACCCCCGAUGAGCCGGAUACUCGAUUAAAGCCAUCUCCAACCAAGCAGCAGGCCGAGCAUCUGAGCACAGGUCUAGCAUCGCAUGCUGCCAAGGGUCCAGUUUCCAGGAGCCCACAGCACAGCGAGUCUUCGUCUGCAAGCCAAGUGAUGAUGAACGGCCAGAAACAGAGUCUUAAGCUAGGCCAAAGUUCAGACGGACGGCAGCCUUCUCCUCUCACCAGCCCCUUGCUGACCGACGCUGGCUUCGUCCGCACAGACGAUGAGGACGAGGUUCGGAGGAAGAGGUUUCCGACUGAUAAAGCGUACUUUAUCGCCAAAGAGCUCCUGACCACAGAGAGGACGUAUCUGAAGGAUCUGGAGGUUAUAACUGUGUCCUUUCAGAAGUCGGUAGGGAAGGAUGAAGCCUUGCCGGAUUCCUUGAGGAAUCUCAUAUUUUCCAAUUUUGAACCAGUGUACAAGUUUCAUGAGACCUUUCUGAAAGACGUGGAGCAGCGACUGGCUCAGUGGGAAGGCAGAUCUAAUGCACACAUCAAAGGAGACUUCCAGCGUAUUGGAGAUGUCAUGCUGAAGAAUAUCCAGGGUUUGAAGCUGCUGACAGCUAAUUUUCAGAAGCAUUCAGAGUCGUUGCUGGAGCUGGAGAGGAUGUGUCGCUCGUCCCGGAAGCUGGAGGGUCUGUGUCGAGACUUUGAGCUCCAGAAGGUCUGUUACCUGCCGCUCAACAUCUUCUUCCUGCGGCCGCUGCACCGCCUCAUACACUACAAACAGAUCCUUGAGCGACUCUGCAAACACUAUCCACCGACACACGACGACUUCAGAGACUCGCGAGCUGCGCUUGCUGAUGUUUCUGAGAUGGUUGUGCAGCUUCACGGCACCCUCAUGAAGAUGGAGAACUUCCAGAAGCUUCUAGAGCUCAAGAAAGACCUCACUGGCAUCGACAGUCUUGCACUACCUGGACGGGAGUUUAUCAGACUUGGUUGUCUCAGCAAACUCUCUGGAAAGGGUCUACAGCAGAGAAUGUUCUUCUUGUUCAAUGAUGUUCUGAUGUACACGAGUCGAGGGAUGACGGCCUCCAAUCAGUUCAAAGUGCAUGGCCAGCUUCCUCUGUAUGGCAUGACGAUAUGUGAAAGUGAGGACGAGUGGGGCGUCCCACAUUCCUUCACUUUGUUUGGACAAAGACAGUCCGUGGUCGUGGCUGCCAGUUCAGCGUCUGAGAUGGAGAACUGGGUGGAGGACAUCAAGAUGGCCAUUGAACUGGCGGACAAAUGCAAUGGCCCCUCGGCUGAGAUCCUGUCCAGCAGUUUCACCGACAGCAAAUCUCCUGAGGAAUCUAGCGCUGACCAGGAAUCAGAAGAUGACCUGAGUGCCUCACGGACGUCUCUUGAGCGGCAGACGCCUCACCGUGGUAACACCACGGUUCACGUGUGCUGGCAUCGCAACACCAGCGUGUCCAUGGUGGAUUUUAGCGUAGCGUUAGAGAAUCAGUUGUCUGGGAACCUGCUGAGAAAGUUCAAAAACAGCAACGGUUGGCAGAAGUUAUGGGUGGUCUUCACCAACUUCAGUCUGUUCUUCUACAAAACACACCAGGAUGAAUAUCCUCUGGCCAGCCUUCCUCUUCUGGGAUACUCCAUCACCAUUCCCUUGGAGUCUGAGAACAUCCAUAAAGACUACGUCUUCAAGCUCCAUUUCAAAUCACACGUCUACUAUUUCAGAUCUGAGAGCGAGUACACGUUUGAGAGGUGGAUGGAGGUGAUCCGCAGUGCCACCUGCUCCUCCAGUUACAUCCGCUCACUGAGCCGCAAAGAGCCGCAAGUCUACUGACCAAAGACCCUCGACAGUCUGCCUGAUCACACACACACACGUCAGGUUCUCUAUCAGGUCCUCUCAACACACUUUAACAUGUUUCUUAUGGAAGAUUUUUGUGUGCUAUAUCGUUGUUUCACUUUAUUGAAAAAUUCAGAAGGCUUUGAAUGGUUUUAGAUGUGAAUUUUUGUAAGUACAUGAGAAUAUGGAUUCAGUGCCAGGAAAUACACAUAUUAUCAUAACAUCAGGUCAAAGGGAAACACUUCCAGUUUUGCAGUUCAUUUUAAAUUUAUAAGACACAAAAUCCUUGUUAGUAAACAACAGUCCUCAUUCAUGAAAUGCAAGAACUGAUUUGUGUAAAUCAUUUGUAAGAAUGCUUUCAGGAAUGAUUUUUUUUUUAAAUUGAAUGCAGUGGUCGAAUGAUGAAUGAGAUGAUUUAUGCUUUUGAAUGUUUUAUUGGUUUGUAUAUGAGAGUGUUCUAUAAAUGGUUUAUUGAAGG